UUGUCAUCAGUUCUUCAAAGCAAUCGAUCCAUAGACAUGCGGUACUCUUGCGUCCUCCUCCUCCUGGCCCUCUUCGGCUGUGUCCUGGUCAGACAGACCAGUGGCACCGGCACCACAACCACCACCGCGGCGGCUGCCACAGCCACCACUACCGCGGCGACUGCCACAGCCACCACCACCUCUGCAUCCGCCACCACGACUGCCGCCUCCGCCACCGCUGACACCACAACCGCAGCCACAAGCUCAGCAGCCACAACUGCCGCACCUUCUUCAUCAUCUGGGGGCAAGACCAAGGUCAAGCGCCACUGGAAGAGGAAGGUGCACAAGGGCAAGAAGAGGUCCAUCCGCCGCAGGAACAGGAACAAGAACAAGAAGAACAACAAGAAGAACAACAAGAAGAACAACAAGAAGAGUGGCUAGGCUAGGUCUGACUUUAGAUCCACAAAUGUAAUCCGUAAAUGGAGCCACAAGUGGACACCAAAAUGAUACCUACCAAUUCCGAUACUGAUUCCGACCCAAACGAAUUCCUGAUAACUUAAUUUUCUAAUUUUAAUGAAUGUUUUUGAAUAGUUUUAAGGCAAUUAAAAAAUGUUAUUUAAUUUA